CUCUCCAAAAGACAGGAAUUGAAUGAAACCGGUCAGAUUGGCCAGCAUUAUUUCAGAAAAUGUGGCUUUCACACACCUUACACUCUUAAGAAAUGUGUGCUAUAUUGGCCAGAAAAAAGAGGAAUCUAUGGGAAGGUUGAAGUCCUUGUUAACAGCGUGAAAGAAUGUGAGAACUAUACUGUCCGCCAGCUCACAAUAAAGCAAGGGAGCCAGUCCCAGAGUGUGAAACACUAUUGGUACACAUCCUGGCCGGACCACAAAACCCCAGACAGUGCUCAGCCCCUUCUGCAGCUCAUGCUGGACGUAGAAGAGGACAGGAUGGAAUCGCCUGGCAGAGGGCCUGUAAUUGUGCACUGCAGUGCUGGCAUAGGAAGAACUGGAUGUUUUAUUGCCACCACCAUCGGUUGUCACCAGUUGAAGGAAGAGGGAGUUGUAGAUGCACUGAGCAUUGUCUGUCAGCUACGAGUGGAUAGGGGCGGAAUGGUUCAGACCAGCGAACAGUAUGAAUUUGUGCACCAUGCACUGAGUCUGUAUGAAAGCAGACUUUCUGCAGAAGCUGUCCAGUGAAGCCUAGGAGGGUAAAACAGAAUGUCAGUCUCUGAGGUAAUUUGUUUCAUUACCUACCAGCAGCUUCUUCAAGGAGUUUACUGCAGUGGGAAGAGAGGCUUUGAAGGCAGCUUCCAAAAGGCUCGUGGAGAGUUUGGCAAAAGUAUAAAGAUUGCUGGAUCCUUACUGUAAAUGAAUGUAUUGUGAGCUUCCCAAAAAUGAUUUAUAAAGAAGGUACUGUACUGAAACUACACAUGGAUUUCACAUAUAUAUCUAAAGGGGGGUUUAAUUCUGUAAUACUGGUAUCUGCCAUAUGAAAUGUAUGUAUGUACUACUGCUGCAGUCAGAUGGACAUUGGAACUUCUAAAGAAGAAAUGUUUAUCAAGUGUAUAAAUGCUUUAACGUUUGCAAACUCUGUCUUGUGAAUGGACUGUCAACUGUACUGUAAAGUGCUAUUAUGGAUUAUGUGGUAGGCUUGUUUCUUGGCCACAUAAUAUUCUUGCUGCUAAAAUUGCAAGUGUUCAAUUAUGGGUUAAAAAAGAAAAAGAAGAUGAGAUAAUAAAAAGUUAAAAGUCUUGUUUUUGAAAAUAUUCAAAAGCAGUUAAUAUUUUAUAUGGAAUUAUAUGUUCUUCAUACUAUUAUCUAUUAAAUGUAUAUUUACUGUAGGUCUUACAGAGCAGUUACAGAGCACAAUGUCUGUUAUUCAGUGUAUAUGUAUUUACCCUAUACUGUUGAUUGUCUUAGAAGAUGCUUCUGCUACAGACCCGAAUCCAGUGUAUUUUUAAAUUGUGUAAGUCAUUUUACUUUUAAAAGAAACUUUGUAGCAUAUAUUAAAUGGUAAGGAUUUUAAAUAUUUGUCUGUCUUUUAUUAAUAGGGGAUUUUUUGCCUAUGUUGUUUUCACUGCUCUGUCUCUUUCAGCAGAGAUGGACGCCUCUAGUGAUAUGAACUGUUUCAUGACAGGUUAUACAAAGAGGAAAAUGCUGCUAUGAAUGUUUCAUUUAAUGUUCAGUAGGAUUUUUUUUUCCUUAGGAGAAGUAAGAAGUUGGCAUUAUGACUUACAGCAAGCACUGGGAGGUCUGUUCACAGGGUAUAAUGAAUUUUUAAUGCAGUGAUGUUGACUUUGCUUCAUACUGCUAAUAAAUUAAACUUGAUAUAAAAUA